GACGAUGAUGACAGCAGGAACUCAAUUCUAGUCAAAUUUGAACUGUUGAAUAGGAAACAUCGUUUUAAAGUUUGAAAAUGAACUCGAUUAGCAGGGACUGUCUGAGUGAGCACGAUCGUCAGGUACUGGAAUCGAUCUUCAAUCCGUCCCAAAUUGGUGGUGAAGAAAUGAUUUACAGUGGUGAAGAGGAGCUUCCGGAGGAUUUGCAAGACCUUGCUGAACCCAACAACCCACGAAUUCUAGAAUCCAAAAAGCUAGAACUGGAAGGCAUAAAAUUAGCCGAAAAGGGCGAUCUCCAAAGUGCCCUGACCGCUUUCACCAAAUCAAUCGAAGCCGCUCCGGAGCGACCUGCCCCGUGGAACAACCGUGCCCAAGCUCAUCGUUAUUUGGGAAACGAAAAAGCGGCACUGGACGAUAUCGAGCAAGCGUUGCGACUAUCGAGCAGCUCCGGCCGGACGGGAUGCAAGGCGCUUUGCCAGAGGGGAAUUUUGAAGCGCAAGAAUAACGACAACGAGGGGGCGCGCCAGGACUUUGAGCAAGCGGCGAAGCUGGGCAGUAACUUUGCGAGGACGCAGAUGAUCGAGUUGAAUCCGUACGCGGCGCUGUGCAACCAGAUGUUGAGGGAGGUUAUGAAGUUGAAGUGA